GGACUGAACUGUGAUGUGUAGUAUUUUGUUCGGUUAUUUAUCAAUUUUUUGCACAGAUGAUCAAUUCAAUUUACCCUCAGAUCGACUUUUGAGUCUCUAAAGAAAGCUUCUAACUAAGCAGCGUCAAGUAUCAAUGUAUAUCAAUGGCUUCGCCGGCAGCUGUCCAGCCUGAAGCAACUCAUCUUUCACCAGAUUCUGUGGCACAAGAAAUAGCUCAGGAUUACACAAAUCAAUGGCAUCUUCUUGAGCAACUGAAGUCAAGUGUAGCUGUUGUAGAUCCACUUCAAGAGACAAACAAUCACCAAACCAUUAUCCCGUCUCCACAAAGCAGCAUUAACAAUGGAACAGCUGACAGUAGACAAGAAGAAACCAAGGCUGAUGACAAAGACUGGUAUUUGCUUCCUGAUGCUGGUUCCAGUGGCCAUUCUUCUGAGACUGAAGGUGAUUCAGCUCUAGAAAUCAGUGAUCUGAGGAACAAUGCAGAUAUUUCUUACAAUAGUAAUAGGAGUUCAUCAUCGAAGAGCAAUUCACAAAACAAGGAGCAUCUAAAUAAGGAUUCUCUUUACCAGGAACAAUGGCACGUUCUUGAAGAGCUAAAAGCCAGCGUGAAAGCAAUGCAAUGGGGCUCAGACUCUUCUCUUGAUGUCUCUCGCAAAGAAGAAUCACAGACAAGACCAUGUUCAAAGAAUGGUGACUUUGUAGAACCACACAAACGAACACCUGCAGGAAGUGUAAACUUGACAAGUGGUUCUAUAGGUAGUAGUUCAAGCGGUACAGGCAGUGGUGCUAGAGAUGCGGUGCAUCCUCGAAUCCCACAGGCAAACGCCUCACAUGCCGAACAACAUUUUGAUGUGCAACUGUACAGUGGAACGUCCAUAGCAAGUGAACAACCAGAAAGUAAAAACACUUCAUCUGACCUGAGCCUGGAGAGUGAAAACCUCGUGUUUGCUGAACUGCCUAACAGACCUGCAACAAUUGGUAACUAUGGAGCUAGCGAUGGGUCUACGUACCCCUUCAAUACAGUCCCCUUGCCACAGCAGCAGAACUUCAAUAUUAGCAUGGGAGCUCCUCAACAAGGUGUUUCUAGUCCGUUUAAUCCAAAUGUUAGUCCACUGGUUGGUUCACCACUGUUUUUUGUUCCUGAAUACUCCAGCGAUGGUGUAAUAUCUAAGGCGCCCAUGUCAGCUAGGGAAAGGCUUCAGCCUGAUGGCCGUGAUGGACCAGAUCUUAUGUCAGUGCCUACAGCGGUGCAGACUGUUCCUGGACUUGUCAGCUACCCUCUAAGUGGAGGAUCUUCUCAGAACUCGUCGGGGACUGCAUCUCAAGCUUUAUCUAGCAGUAGUGAUUUAACAGCACCCAAUGAUUUGGGGAAUGUAGUACCUGUAGGUCCUGACAUAAAUCAGAUUAUAAACACAACUAAUAUAAAUAUGGGAACUAUUAGUGAUGACAAUGCAAUAAUUGGUCUUGAUUCACAAGAUCCAUUGAAUUCACAUUUCAAUUACGGUGGUUCAAACACGAGUUUACAAAAUGUUAAAGAGGCUCAGUUAUCUUUGUCACCGCCAUGGCAACCUAAUGGAAGUUCUUCUGAAGCCACUGCAGCGCCUUUGCAGGAUGAUGGCACUAACUCAAAGGAUACAAUUCGGUUGUCCUCAGGAGGUCAGUCGUUUACACCCGUAACCGAAGGAAGUUAUAGCGAUAGCAAGCGAUCUAGUGUGACGCAUGAAGAGCUUCGUGAAGCCGUGUUACAACGGAUCGAGGCUCAUACUCAAAUUCCUGGUCUUAGUAGAGAAACUAGUGAUUUUACGACAAAACUAGAUCAAGAGUAUUUUGCUGGAAGGGAAAAGGACUUCCAAACUUCACAGGCUUCCCUUCCACAGUCUUAUCAAGAUUCCUCUUCAAGAGAGGGAACUCCUAAAGAACUCUCAGAACACUCAUCAAAUGUAUCACGUGAUAGCUCUGCUUAUGUCAGACAACUCGAAAACACUCGCGGGACAACUCGAGAGCAUUUCGUGGCUUUUGAACAAAAUGUAAAUACAUCUGCUAAUAUGGAUCAUAAUAUAAAGCAUUCAUUAUCCAACAGUUAUCCCUCUCAGCAGCAUAAAUCGGCAAGCGCAGUAUAUUCACAACUAUUAGACCACUCAGAGCCAAGUGUAUAUUCGGCUGGACAGUAUAAGGCACACCUGAAUGCCGGUACUCUUUUCCCUAAGUCCAUAUCUAAUGAGGAAAUGAAGCCUUCUAUGGUAGAUGCCUUCAAGAAAAGUGUUAUCUCUAACAGCGAAUACGAGCAAAGCCCCGUAUCUAAACUACUAGGGCCAAACUUUAAAGCAACGCAAGAUUACCUUAAUAAAUUAAAAACCGAUAGACUUAAUGAUACAAGUGUAGAUACUUCUUCAUCGUCUGUUCAGAAUGACCAGGACCGUAAAAUCGCCGAGCUUCGACAGCCUGGGAGUUUUUCACAGGGUUCUUCUUUGUUGGACGAAACUGGUUUUAGACCGCGCAAAGAAGCAUGGUCUGACCACGAAAGAAGCAACCAAUCACAAACUUACAAUUUCAUAGGAAGCGAGAAACCUACCAUGGAACAAGAACUUCCCAAAUAUUCAUUUCGCCCCCAGGCAAAUGUUUCAAUGAAUGGAGACACUUCUAUUCCAGUUUCAUCGACAUAUUCUUACUUGAACUCAGUUGAUCAAUAUGGGAUAAAUUCUCUAGGAAGUUUAACUGAACAUGAUAGUGGGAGGAGUGUACAGUCCAUUGGGCAGUAUUCUAAACCAUUCGGUGAGAGUGUGGCCGUGAACCGGACAAGCCGUUCUCCUUUGACUGGUAAUGAAUCAAAAGACACAGAAGGUUACAAAGGCAGCGAGUUAUUUAUGAAAAACGUAGACACCUAUUAUAAAGCUCCAAUUAGUGCAACAUCUGGAACACUUAAGCUUACAGAUCGCUAUCACGAAAGUGGAUCCUUUACAAAAACGACAGUGGCACCGCCAACUGAGACCAGUGUAAUUUCUGAUGGAGGUUACGACUCUUUCCAGAGGGCAAAAGGACUCACGUCAGGAGAAAAAGGAGUCCCAACCAACCUGACAAAAUCUUCUACAUACGAGACCCCUUUGACAAGUUUUCGCGAUAAAAAGACUUGGGGAGGAGAAGCAAGGAACUUGAGGUACUCUGCUGGGUCAAGUGCUGUCAUGUCACAGGACGAUGCUGAGGAUACAGAUGACUUGUUGAGCUACGAGGCGGCACUAGAAGGAGACAUAAAAUAUUUCAAAAAUCGUCGAGAAAAUUCACAAAAUUAUCACUCAAGUAGCAUUAAUAGCAAAACCGAAGGUCUUACCCCAAGCCAUUUGAGUGGAGAUAUCUCAGCCAUAAAUGGAAGCAUAGACCGUGAUCCACAUCGGAGGAUUCCCACAAGUACUGGAUUUACAAAAAGUGAUGAGCAAACGAAAAUAUAUCACUUGUCACUUGGGGCAGGUGAGGUUCGUCCUGUCGAAGCCUUCAGGGAAACCAUAGGUACCCUAGAGGGGGACGAAAGUGAUGGAGCACUGUCGUCCGAUGCGCUCGAAGAUGAAGAUCAGAAUGAAGAUGGCUACGUUAGUGAUAGAAACACAACUCCUGCUACCGAGUCUUCAUCGUCCAGCCUAUACCAACCGUACCUUCCUAUAGCACUUCGUCAGCCACCCUCAGCAGAACGCGAAUCAGAACUCACUGGAAAUUCUUCCUCUACUUUUGGAGUUUACGACAUAAGGCAUUCUUCUGGGCCAGGUAGUACCAACAGGAGAAGAAAAGCAAUGGGACUCUCACCUAUACCAGGAAGAGUGCCUAAACCAUCGAAUGGCAUUGUGUACGUAUCGGGAGACUCCUCACCGCUAAGCAUGCCAGAGGGAGCAAGUGCAGACGAAAAAUCCAAAAAUGGUAGAAAUUCUGUAGACGACACUUCAAAAGAUACCAGCAAGGCCAGUUUGGGAACUUCAUCAACGCUUCAUAACAGCGAACGAAGUCGGACGAGCUCGCGAAGCAGUCGAAGUAAAAGUCAUUUAGAGGAAGAACGACCAAGGAGCUCGUCCAAAGAAGGGAGCUAUCGAACUCGAAGUAGAGGGAGUAGUUUUGAAGAGGCUAAAAUGAUUGACGAUUAUAUUGGUGGUCGUAAGGCGAUACCUCAAGGCAAGCAAGCAAAACAGAAGAGUUCGAGAUCAAGAAAUAUCUCUAAUUCAGAUGAUAGCCAUUCUUCAAGGGAACUUCACUCUAAGAGCGCAGACCUUAAUCAAAUGUGGGAACGAUUCCAAGAAAGCCUCAGGUCGAGCCCGUGUUCUAAAAAUGAGGACAGCGUAUCUUCCCAUCUGAGCAGGCUCUCUGCUCUACUUUCCAAACCGAUCGAUAUUAUCACGACAAGUUCCGAAAAUGAAACGGAGCACUUUCGUAAACCACGAUCACACUCGUAUGCAAGCUCAUCGAGCGAUUUGUCAACAGAAUCCGAUCAGCCGUAUAACCCGCAAACUUACUCUCUAACAAGGCAAAUACAACUUAGAAAAUUACUCGAGACUGUCAACAUAGCAGAUGUGCCAACUUUUCCUCGUCUUAGACACCGGGAUACCACGACCACUAGUAGUACACUGAGUGAUACCUCUGCUUCUGAAAUUCCUGAAGUUCAUACUAGUUUUCCACGCGCGAACAGAGCCUCGAGAAAGGUUUCCAAAACACCCGCCCUUGAGCCUUUCGUCCAGACAAAACCACGGUCAGCAGACAUUAUCAGUAAACCAAAGUGUAUAUGCGCAAUAAAGUCAUCGGAUUCUGAACCCAAGGCUCUUCAAGACCUUGCCGAGAGAAGAAAACACGCCUUUGUUGAAAAGAAGGGACACCUUCCCCAGACGCAUGAAGUGGGCAUUAAUUUUCCGACACCUAAGGCUGUCCAAGAAAAGAAACAGGGCAGAACUAAGAAAGUUUAUGUUGAUGUUGGAGUGCAAACGAAAAGAGACAGUGACGAUGAUAGUUUUAUUCAUAAAAGGAAGGACAAUUCGAAAAUUGCUGCUAAGGAACAAUCUUUGGAAAAUAACAUAGAGAAGUUUGCUCCCAGACGGAAAGAACGCCAUCUUGCGAGCCAAAAUUCGCCACGAAAACCACCACAACGAUUAAGUCCAUCGAGAAAUAAAGAACGCCAUAUUGCAAGCCAGAAUCAUUCGCACGAUUCAACUCGUUUAAGUGAUGACAAUUUGGUGGAUGAGUCACGUGAGCAAAGAAGUCUUUCAAGAAAAGACAUGUCUAAAGGUAAACAUAAGGAGCGAAAUCCACUUUCACCCGACCCCAACCAUAAACCUCAUCGCUCGGUUCUGGACACAAGUGGUCCCACUUGGUUUUAUCCUGUGACAAAUCGCCACUACAGCAGGCCAUCUCCUCAUCCAGCCGUCGGACCAUCAAAGCUACGAUACGAUGAGCAAACAGUCAACACAUUUAGUCCUCCAGCAGCUCCACCUUCGGCGUCCAUGCAGAAACUAUCUUUGCAGGAUGCGUUCUUCUUUGCCAAACCCGAUUUCGUAAAGCGAUCUCGAGCGCGCCUUUCGAGAAUUGAGCGUAAUAAGAAUUUUCGUGAAAAUGGCGAGAGUAUAGCAACGGGCGAGGAUCGUGUGUCGAAAAUGGAAAUACCUCCAAAUAAACCAGCGUCAAACAAACCUCAGCAGGACCCAAGAACAGAAAAGCUCCAUCGUCCAAAACCAAGACUAUUGAGCAAGAAAGAAAUGAAAACACUGAAUCUGAAACUUUACAACAACUUGCCUGAAGUCAAAGCAAAGAAGGCAGAUAACCGUCGAGCGAACUUCUACAGAAGUAACAGGCUGAGAGCCAAGCUCUUCGAUAAGCGAGUCCGGGAGAACCUAAAGAAAAGAUACGCAGCUUGAUAUUGUUAAAAAGACAGGAAAACAGCAUUCAAGCCAUUUAAUGCCCUCAGAUGAAAUAAAAAGUUGGUGAUUUGGAUAAUGUUGUUCCAUAUGUUAAACUUUGCAGGAAUGAUUUCUAAAUUGACUUGUUAUCUUACAAUUACUCAACAUGAUAACAUGCGGCUGUUUUUUAAAAUGCUUAUGUCUCUGUCUGACAUCAACUCAAUGGGAAUACUAAAUGGAGAACGCAAAAGACGUAAGCCUUGAAACGUAAGCAUUGCAAAUGAUUCCCUUGCUUUUCUCGUUAUCUCCGUCUCAGCUCUUCUCAGAGAAGCAUCCUAUUUAUAGUGUAAACUACAAUUUUACUUAAUUCUACAAACUUGUGUUUGAAUAUUUGCAAUCAAUAAGCACCAUUCAACAUUUUUCAAAUUAUCUAUAUACACCAUGCCAACCUUAUUUUUACUACAAUGUCCAUCAGGUCUUCAAACUAUUUAUCAAUAUAUCUACUUAUAUAGGAAGUUUGCAGUAUAACCAUGACCGCCAUGUUGGAUGAGAGGAACUUUAAAAAGUUCUCCACAGGAAGCCCAAAAAUUGAUUGCGAGACUUGAUUUUUUUCUGUCGAGGAAUGUAUAGGAUUUAUACUACAUCCAACUUGAACGUACUUUGGUGAUGUUGCAGAACUCCGUUAUACACAAUAAUUUAUAAAUUCCACUCAGGCGUUUUCUUAACACGGAAUUUUAUUAUAACUAGGACGUAGAUUAUUUCUAUAUGAUCUUAUAUCGGGUUUUCACAGUUCCUUCCAUGCAUUGUAAAAAAAAAUUAUGGUCUUUUACUCGGUUUCCUACACUGUGUUCUGUACAAAAAUACAUUCUUUUCUUUGACUUUUAUGAAUUCCAUUGAACAUAACAAUUUUGUUGUUUUAUACUUCUCAUGUCUUGCUCAGUUUUCUUUUUUGAAAUUCUUUCAUACCAUCAUUCGCUUCUCAAAGCACUUCCCAGAGAGAUUCCCAAGAAUUUCCGAGAUUCUCAAACGCUUUUAUAUAUAACACAUAAAUGUCUGAAACCUUGGCUGUUUGUAUAUUUUUAUUUUCGCACAUUUUGCCUUUCAAGGCCCAACAAAAACAUGUGUCAAAGGCUACACUAGCCUCCUUUGCAGACGUUAUUAGUAUCGGUCAUAUACGUUCCCUAAUAACGUCUGCAAAGGAGGCUAAGGCUACGCAUACAGUCACGUUUUUGAAGUAUGGAUUGAUACAACCAACCAGAGUGUAAAACUGCUGACCAUUUCUGAGCACGCGAUACUAUAACACUUUAAGAUUUGUAAGUUAAACUUAUACAUAAGACAUUGUAAAAUAUAUAAAUAUUAUCUUUACUGCUCUCAAAGAGAGCAAACUUGCACAGACAGACGUUUUAUAAACGUUGUAAAUAUACCUCCCGGAAGUGAUUGACAGCUGUCAUUCACUGACUUGCUUUACUUAUUUAUUCUUUGAAUGAUUCCGUAAGAAAACGAUGCUAAAUAGUAUUUGGUAUUAUUUCUAACAACGAUAAUUGCAACUUAAAUAUUUCCUGUAAUAUUACGUUGAAUUACAUAAGCGUGUUUAGCAUUGAACUGUGUGACUUGACCAUUAUAGAAAAGAUUAACAAAUAUAGAAUAAGUGAUGUGGGAUGAGAAGCGUACCUCGGAAACGUAGCUUUUUACGCAAAGCUAUAAAAGAACGCGGCACUUAUAUAACGCAGAUAUAGAUUUCUACAAGUAAGAUUAGUACGUAAAUCUUCAUAAUGUCACGCAAGAGAGUUAACGUAAGUCUUCUCUUAGUACCGAUACGCAUAAUCAGUAAGAAUUCUUAACAAAUUAUCGAAGACAGUUUGUAAUGAUUAUGCUCAUGUUUAAGCAGAUAAGUAUUUAUUCUUACGGAAAACUUAGCUGUACGCGUCUGGAAUGGUCCUUUCAGCUAAUGACGGCGAGCUGCACCAUGGAAUUCUUGGUGUGCAACCCCCAAAGUGAAAAUUUAUUAGUCGUUAUUUUCAAAAACCAAGUAGCGAGUCACAAAGAGCAUACUCAGAUUAUCUAGAAUACGAGCUUUAAGGCUUGCAGCUUACUUUCUGAUGAAGAUAUCAGCGAAUAAAGAUUUGAAAUAUUUGGUUAAUUUGUAUGGGGACGCCAUCUUGGAUGAUAACUUUGAUCAUCCAAGAUGGCGGCUGGUUUCAAAUUGACUUCAAAAACUCUGGUUUCCUUGAUUUCCUUUGUAAAUUUUGUUCAAUUAUGGCUUUAUUUCAAAGAAAAAUCACCWUAAGUAAGUUCUUACGGAGUUGAAAGUAUGAUUUAUCCAAUUUCGAAGUUUUUGUUUACGAUCUAAAAGUAGAAUAAAUUAAACUCCGCACAAACUAAAACUUUUGUGAUUCGCCACCAAAGCGUUGAAUUCGUCUGAAAAUUUCCAUACACACUAUCUAGAAAUAUAUUUAAGAUAUACUGUAAGAACARCUCUUUAGCAAAAAUAUUUUGGAUUUUGCGAGAUUUUUUGCGUGACUAUGACAUCACAUGCACACGAAGAAUUGACGAACGUACCGACUGAGGCAUGUUGUGUAUCGAUUGUUUUGCAGACUGUUUUGCGAACAACAAGCUUUAUUUAUUUUUCCACACAGCCUCUUGUAGGAUAAAUGUUGAAAGGAAUCUUAUUUUAUGUUGUUUUAAGCAACAACGGCGAACGUUAUUUUUUUAAUAAUAGAAACUUCGUUCUUUGACAUCCGCCAUACUCAUAUCAAUACCAUGAUGCACUUCGCGAAAACAGUCAUGACGUCAUCAGUGGAAAAGACCAUUGAGAGGUAAUCGAAAUGUUUUCCGAACCAUAUACUAAGUAAAAUUUUGGUGAGAAUUAAACUGACAAACUAUUAAUGAACACAAGGAAAUAGAUUCUAUAUGCUUUAUAACCAUAUUCGAUUGGUAACUUGAUAUCAUUGCUGAUAGUAUAUUAUCAUAUUUGAAAACUUUGUACUUUGUAAUAAUAGCUUGAUAAAAUAUCACUUUAUUAUUAGACGUGUGCGAUAUAAUAAUCUGGAACGAGGAUUGUUUAAAGCUCGAUAAGCGUCAACCUAGGGCUAACUCCAUAGAUCUUUUAAUAAUUAGCUCUAGGAUAGCAUAUACAUCUUGUUUUAAACACCCAAACCUAGAAACGAGUCGUUCCAAUCUCCCUUGGUGCCAAGACUUACUUUUGAACUAGAGCCCACUAAUGGAGAUUCGAACAACCAAGACUAGUUGGACAUUUUUAACCUAGAAGUAUAUAUCUCUAUAUGGAAAUAAAGUUUUAAAAGCCUUAA